UAUACAUCGGAAUUCUGUCUUUUAGGAGCAAACUGCAAAAGAGACGGAGCAGUAGAGCUCUUGUUCGUCAGUUGCGGGAAAAAAUCUAUUCGCUUCGCUCGGUAAUAGAAUGGCCUCAAAUGGAGUAAAGCCACCUCCAGAACCAUCACCUUUGAGAAAGGCGAAAUUUUUCCAGGCAAACAUGAGAAUUUUGGUUACUGGUGGUGCUGGUUUCAUCGGUUCUCACCUUGUAGACAAGCUCAUGGAAAACGAGAAGAAUGAGGUGAUUGUUGUGGAUAACUAUUUUACGGGGUCGAAGGAUAACCUCAAGCAGUGGAUUGGACACCCGAGAUUUGAGCUCAUACGUCAUGAUGUCACGGAGCCAUUGUUGAUUGAAGUCGACCAAAUUUAUCAUCUUGCUUGUCCUGCUUCCCCAAUUUUUUACAAGUACAAUCCCGUGAAGACAAUUAAGACAAAUGUUAUUGGGACAUUGAACAUGUUGGGACUUGCCAAGAGAGUCGGUGCAAGGAUUCUGCUCACUUCGACUUCUGAGGUUUAUGGAGAUCCUCUCGUGCACCCUCAGGACGAGAGCUAUUGGGGCAAUGUUAACCCGAUUGGAGUAAGGAGCUGUUACGAUGAGGGAAAACGAGUCGCGGAAACAUUGAUGUUUGAUUAUCAUAGGCAGCACGGAAUUGAAAUCCGAAUUGCUAGAAUCUUCAAUACUUAUGGACCUCGGAUGAACAUUGAUGAUGGCCGUGUUGUCAGCAAUUUCAUUGCUCAGGCAAUUCGUGAUGAGCCCUUAACUGUCCAACUGCCCGGAACACAAACCCGUAGCUUUUGCUAUGUUUCUGACAUGGUUGAUGGUCUUAUUCGGCUCAUGGAGGGAGACAACACGGGACCUAUUAACAUUGGGAAUCCCGGUGAAUUCACAAUGCUCGAACUGGCUGAUACUGUGAAAGAGAUGAUUAAUUCGGACGUGAAAAUUGUGACGGUGGAGAACACGCCGGAUGAUCCUCGACAGAGAAAGCCAGACAUCACGAAGGCGAAGGAGUUGCUUGGCUGGGAACCGAAGGUGAAGUUGCGCGAUGGGAUUCCUCUUAUGGAGGACGAUUUCCGCACCAGGCUUGGGAUUGGAAGAAAGAGUUAAGCUAAGCCGCAGUGAUUGGAUUUGAGAUGAGAGACCCUCCUGUGUUUUUUACUUCAAAUUUUUUCUUUUUUUCUUCUUUUUAAUUUACCCUUUAUGGGGAAUAAGUUGUGUGAUUGGGGAUUUUGCCACUUUAUAUUAAUAUAUACACGAAAUAUUUUCCAUUCA